GUCAAUACCCGCAGACAAGGAGGACGCACUGAAGAGGGGCCAGUUCUUCCUCAACAGCCAACUGGGUGGGCUUAUGUAGGGGAAGGGGCCACAGGUCAUCUGGAGGAGGGUUAAAGGUUGUCUGGAGGUUUAUCUCCCAGUGGCAGGAUGGCCGGGGUGAAUGGAGACCGUAAAGGAAAGAAAGAUGACAAUGGGAUUGGCACGGCCAUCGACUUCAUGCUUUCCAAUGCCAAGCUGGUGCUGGGAGUGGGCGGAGCAGCCAUGCUCGGCAUCGCGACACUAGCUGUCAAAAGAAUGUAUGACCGUGCCAUAAGCGCUCCCACCAGCCCCACCAAGAUGGAGCAGACAGGAAAGAGAAGCUGGGAGGAGCCCGCCUGGAUGGGUUCGUCACCUCGGGUAUUGAACCAUGACAUGAAGUCCACAGUUAGCAGGUCGCUACAGUCUCUGCCCACUUCCGCACAUGCUUUUGAACCAGACUGUCUGCGGAGGGCCAUGGGUCGAGCUGCCGUGGGAGGCAGUGGGGCCACUCAGUCCGACCUGCUGAAGGCCCGGAUGCGUUUGUCCCUGCAGGAACAUCUGUGGGAGUUCUACCAGAGUAAUGUGAACAUCCCGACCGAGGAGCAGGCCGUGGCCAGGAGGGCAGCGCUGGACAUCUGUGCGGAGCUCAGAGUGUUUCUUCACGCCAAACUGCCCGACAUGCCGCUCAGAGAGAUGUACCUGAGCGGCAGUCUGUAUGAUGACCUGCAGGUGGUUACAGCAGACCACGCCCAGCUCAUGGUGCCUCUUGUCUUGGAGAAGAACCUGUGGUCGUCCAUCCCCGGGGAGGACACCAUCAUGAAUGUCCCAGGUUUCUGGCUCGUCCGCAGGGAGAACUUGGAAUAUUUCCCGCGGAACAGCAGCUACUGGGACCGCUGCAUGGUGGGAGGUUACCUCUCCCCUAAAUCAGUCCUGGAGGUCUUUGACAAGCUUGUGGCUGGCUCCAUCAACUGGCCGGCUAUAGGGAGUGUCCUCGACUACAUCAUCCGUCCUGUGGUUCCCUCGGAAACGCUGACCCUGGAGGUACAGUACGAGACGGACAGGAGGCUGUACGUGGACUUCUUACCGUUGCUUGUGAUGGAGGACGGGACCUCGCUGAUCGCUAAACCACAUCGGCUUGCUGCGGAGCGCCACGAAAACCUGUGGCGGCAGAGCUUCCGCGUGGCUGAGACGGCGCGGCUUAGGGCUCUGGAUCAGGAGGACGGAGGCUGCCGAUGCGCCUGCCUAAAGGUGGCGAAGGCGGUGUGCAAGCUCAACCCUGCCCUUAACCGGCUCAACGCCAGCCAGCUCACCAACGCCAUCUUGUUGCUGAGCGAAAAAGAAGGCGACUGGACCCAGGAAGCACUGGCUGACCGCUUCCUUCAGCUGCUACGAGCGCUAGUGGGACACCUAGAGGCCGGGAGGCUGCCGUGCGCCCUCAGCCCUAAAGUUAACUUAUUCUGUGAGCUGACAGAACAGGAAGUGGACGAGCUGGGCUACACGCUCUACUGCGCCCUCUCAGAUCCCGAGGGGCUGCUGAGAACUGCUGUGGCACAACCUUUCCACCCCUAAGGCCCUCGUCACCUCGCAGCAACAGGGCGGUGAAACGUCAAACACAGGUUCUGUGUCGGUGUCCUCGCACCAGAACGAGGUUCCAGUGGACGAAAAAAAAAACAAACAAAAAAAAAAACAUCUGCAUGGAAUCUUCCUCUCUCCUAAAAAACACGAUCUGUUAAUCAAUACCUCUUCAAACAUCUGUGAGGAAAAUGUGAAACACACGGUAGCAGUUACUUAGUUACUUGAUCAGUUUCUUAAAAAUCUGUAUGUGGUGUGAUCAUCCAAAUAUCUCGGUGUGAGAUGGAGGUGAAGGGUCAUCGGAGUUCACGGCUCUCACUGAAGCCAUUGUAUUAAUGAAGCGACGGAGGGGCGGAGCUCUGGAUCGAUUGGUCCGCCUGAAAAAUGGAUAACGCCAUACUUGAGCUCUUUUUAACCGGUUGGAGAGUUUUUCUGUUUUUUAGGAACAGCUGAGGUUACCGUGGUUACGGUGUUGACUGUUUUUAAGACGGGUCGGUGCCACUGUGUCGAGGGAUAGUAUGUAAAGCUGAUUGUGUGUACGCCGACCCCCGAAGAAGCUAAUAAAUUGUCAUGACUCAAUGUUCUUGAGUUAAAAGAGACGAGCCAACUUUUCUUUGCUAGCAGACAAAAUAUUAAACACUGCAAAGUUUUGUUGAAGCUUUUGUAAAAAAACAAACAAAAAACAAAACUUCAUUAAUACAGUGGCCACAUUCAAAGACGUAUGCUUUACAUGUUUCCAGUGAUGUGAGAAACCAAACUUUAGGCUGUGUUUGGAAUGUCUGCAGCUUGCAUGUGUUCGCUACCUAAUCUAAUCAAUCGAAUGGGUGAAUAUAAUCUAUACUGACCCGUGCUUUGAUGACUGUUUCUAAUAUUUCACUCCAUUCAACAGUGAAUCUGAUAUAUGAAAUUUAAUGUACAUCCGCGGACGGAAUAUAGUAGCAUUUAUGACGGAGGUGGAUGCAGUUUCUGAUUUGUUGGUGAUUUCAUGAAAUCUGAACCAAAAGUAGUUACCACCAUUUUAUCAUCCGGUGAAAUGUUUCCAUGUGACUGACUGUCUGUCUUGAUACAGAGCCACUCUUUGUCUGUCUGUCUGCAGUCGGUUUCUUCUCCAGUCUUAACACUUGUUGCUUUGGUUGCACGGGGGCCGAGAUGCUUUAUCAAUAAAUCUUAAACCUCUGUCACGGGUUAUUUUUGCACCGUCAAGCUGUUCUGCAGCGGUGUUCGAGUUUGACGCUCUUUAAGUGCUGUUGUCUACUGGUUUUUGCUUUAAUUUAAAUCACAGUUCAGAUCCUCUUUGGUCUAGAUCAUUACAGUCACAUGUAGACUGCUUCAUAUCGCGUACGCUUGCUUUAGGCUGGGUCUAGAUCUUUGUAGCGGGGGUGUUCCCUUGGUUGGACGUUGUAGUUUCCAGAAACUGUUCCUCUACAGUGUCAGAGCAACAACUAAUCUGCAGGAGGUCUCGUUGCGUUUGGUGAAUUAGUCUCAGUAUUAACUUCAGCUCUGGUCUCGGUUUCCGUUCGAGCAUGGAGCCAGUUACCUCUGUAGUACUGUGUUUGUGUGCGCAUACCUGUGCACGUUUUUUUAAGUCCACAUUAAACCCUGAUUAACUUAGAGGUACUGAUCUGGCCCUGUCUGUCUUUGAGUAGCUAGCCAGACGUGGAUUAGUGUGACGGUGCUGUCACUGCCACUGUACUGCAACUACAACCCACAGCCCUGAUCAGCUGUUGUUAUGUGACCUGUGGUGAUUAUAGCUACCACCAGGCUGUAUAUUAAUAGAUUACAGGUGCUAAUCUCUGUAGAAUAUGAUCUGAUCAAGGGGGAUCUACUCACAGAUCCUCAGUUAUAUAAACAGCAGCUUUGAUAGCCGAGGUUUUUCCGAUGUUAGAUUAGCCUGGUACUCAGUGGAGCUUCAUUAAUUUAAGCCGCACGGCUCCACAUGUUGCGUCAGCUCACUCCUCAGUGGGCGGAGUAACUGUCGAGUUUAUUGCAUCUCUUCUCUAAAUUAGCACUCGAAAUACGUUGUCCAAAAUAAUCACAUGGCUGCUUUUUUUUUUUUUUGUUGUUGUUCUCACUUUUAGCCUUAGACUGGAAAAUAAAAAAAAAUUUAAAAAUGCAGUGAUAUGGAGCGAGUGUCGCCUCAAUCCCCGUCCCAGUUUGUACACUGUACAAAGUGGAGGGAUCAGGGUUGUUUAUACUUCUGUUGUGCAUUCAGUUAAAAUAAUCAUCCGGAGAAACAGGUGAAUAUUUUUGUAUUUAUUGUACAUUUGUAACCAAAAAAAAAAAAAGAAAAGAGCCGAAUAUUUAUUUGCAUCGAUUCAGUUCUACGUGUGAAGUGUCACUCGUGCUUCAUUAAGUGCUUUGUUCUGGACGUCCACAGUAGAUCUUUGUGUGCAUAUGAAGCGUCUUCCUCCGCAGACCUAGUUUAUGCUACAAAUUACUGCUGUGACGAGGGGGAGUCACUGUGCCACAUUUGUAAUGUUAUUGUAAAACCAGACCCAAAGUAGAUCACUACCUCUACCUUGUGGAGUGCAUACUAGCCAUAUGCUGUGUUGCAUGCCGUGUAUUUUAUUUUAUUUUUUUUCCCAGCUUUUCUUUUCUUUUGUUUUCAGUUCAGCUCUGGAGUUGAACAGUGCAGCACUUUGUAUACUUCAUUAAAUGACAUUCUGUAUGGUUA